AAGGCUGGUCUCAAACCCUCAGAUGAUCCUGCAGUGAGCUUUGAUGGCACCACUGCAUCCUAGCCUAAGGGACAGAGCCAGAGUCUAUCUCAAAAUUAAAUAAACACCUUUCCGGCGGUGACGACCUACCCACGAGAACAUGCCUCUCGCAAAGGAUCUCCUUCAUUCCUCUCCGGAAGAGGAGAAGAGGAAACACAAGAAAUGCCUGGUGCAGUGCCCCAAUUCCUGCUUCAUGGAUGUGAAAUGCCCAGGAUGCUAUAAAAUCACCACGGUCUUCAGCCAUGCACAAACAGUAGUUCUAUGUGUUGGCUGCUCUGCUGUCCUCUGCCAGCCUGCAGGAGGAAAAGUGAGGCUUACAGAAGGAUGUUCUUUCAGGAGGAAGCAGCCCUAAAAGCACUCUGAAUCAAGAUGAGUAGGAAACCAUCUCAAUAAACACAUUUUGGAUU